AUGCCCUCGCUGGAGGGCCGCACCCUCCACACGGGAAGGUCGAAUGAGGACGACUCUACCAAGUCUGGGCCAAAGGAUAGCCUGUCCCUGAACAGUCCACCACCAGGAGCAUUCCCCAAUCUGGAGAAUGGUCCACCAUCUGGCCGUCGCCCAAGUCACAAGACGUCAAUGACCCUCAUCCAGCCUCGUACCUGGAUGGGUCUUCAGCCUCAAGCACCACUUCAAGAAGAACACGAUGAAUUCGAGCACAACGCUCUGUGGUGGUCGAAGGUCAAGAUUACCCUCAAGGAGCCGUUCGCUGAGAUGUGGGGUACCUUUAUCUUGGUCCUCUUCGGAUGCGGUGGCAUUGCUCAAGUCUCGCUUGGCAAGAACUUCCCAAAUACCUCUCCUGAUGGCAUCGGCUAUGGCGACUGGCAGAGCAUCAACUGGUGCUUCGGCUUGGGACUGAUGUUGGGCGUCUACGUUGCUGGUGAUAGCGGUGCUUACCUCAACCCUGCUGUCACUUUCACGAGCUGCGUCCUACGCAAGCUCCCAUGGCGACGCAUGCCACUCUACGUCCUGGGCCAACUCAUUGGAGGUUUCCUCGCAGCCGGCGUCGUCUACGCCAACUACAUCAACAGCAUCAACGCAGCCGAAGGUCACAACAUCCGCACUGUACCACCAGCGGCCAACGCAACCGCCGGCAUCUUCGCCACGUACCCAGCAUCGGAUUUGACCAAGGCCAGCCAGUUCUUCGAACAGUUCAUCGCGAGCAGUCUCCUCAUGUUCUUGAUCUUGGCUCUGCAGGACGACUCCAACAAGGGCAGCUUCAUCGCCAGCGGAUCUUGGUUCCCACUGUGCUUGUUCUUCGUCAUGUUCGGCAUCGGCGCCGCAUUCGGCUGGCAAACCGGUUUCGCCAUCAACCUCGCCCGUGACUUCGGCCCGCGCCUGUGGACCUACUGCGUCGGCUACGGCUCCGACGUCUGGUCCGCCGGAGGGUACUAUUUCUGGAUCCCCAUGGUCGCGCCUUUCCCGGGCUGCCUCUUCGGCGGCAUCCUCUACGACUUGUUCAUCUUCACGGGCCAGAGCCCCAUCAACCAGCCCUGGUUCGGUCUCGGCCAGCUCGUCAACCCGAGGAAGGCGAUCCAGGACCGUUUGAGGCAUCAGAAGGAGCAGGGACUUGUGUAG